CUUAGCGGCGCUAUACAAUCUUUAGUUACCACUGGUACCAGUAAACAACAUAACAAACAACGCUUUUAAGUUUUAUUAGUAUAUUUUUAAGGUUAAUUGGUAAAUGAGUGUUAGUAGGGACUAGUGGUAACCUUAAAUACAUUAAACUAUUGAUGAACCAAACCAGAUGGAAGCACAUUUUGAAAAUCCCUCAGCCAUUCAGAAACAACGAAUGUCGAAUUUUAGGCCUAGACCAGAUUCAACUGAAUCUUAUGGAACAAUAAGAUCCAGGUUCCUAAAGCAAAAUGUUUUAAAAGGAGAACAAGGAAAAACGCCAGAAGAACAGAGUGUUACACUUUCUUUAAAGAGUGGCAAGCAAGUGAAAAAGAAGAAAACAAAAGGAAAACAGCAAAUUAGUCAAAGUUUUAAUCCAUUGGAAGAAGAGGAGAACGAGAAGAAACGUCUGCAGGAAAUGCAAGAGUGCUUUGUCAACAGUGAAACGUAUAAGGAGGCAUAUUCUAAGCUAAAAACAUUGCUUUUGAAACAUAUGCGAGUGUUGGACGAUUUAACUAAGCUGAGGAAUCAUUACUACCUUGAAUAUUUAUCAGCGCUGACAGAAAAAGUUGAGAAACAGAGGAAGGAAAUUAAAAAAAGAACUGAACGAAUGGAAAGAAAGCUGAAACAAAAAGAAGUAGAACAGAAAGAAACACAACUUGCCAGAAGGAAAUAUGAUAGAGCUGUUGACCUACCAUCAGAGCAUGAUACUUUCAUUAAAGAUCUGUUUAAAAGUCAUUGGUAUAAUGUAAUUAAACUUGAAGAGCAAAUGCAAAAAGAGGGAAAAUUACGGACAAUCCAAGAUUAUGAGAAUUUCUGGGAAGACAUUAUGCAACCGGAAAAAUAUAGAGAAAUGUUUGUAGAAGAUGAAAAUAAUAAGCAUCUACAAGACGAUGGAUCGUCACAUAAUUUCUCAAAAGGCUCGCUUCACUUUGGAAGUCGUACAUCGUCAUUAACCUCAGUAAACACUAUUGAUCAUCAACCGCAAAUAGCAAGAGAGUUGUCACUUAUCAGAGAGGACACGGAAAACCCAAAAUCACGAAGUGCUAAACGAAAACCCUCAUAUUGGGCAGUAACACAACUGCAAAAGCUGAAGUCAUCAGCAUCUUUUCUAUCUGUUCCAAUUAAAGGAAGGAGGCAAGAGGUACACCCAUUGGCCUUGGAACUUGAUCAGAAAUACCCAAAGACUGAGUUACCACAUCUUCACAUGUUAGACAUGAAUUUAGAGCCACCAAAAGAAGAUCCAGAAAUUGUCCGGAUGAGGGAGGAGUUUAAUGCUCGAGCACAAGUACGAAACCAUAAAAGAAAGGCAGUUAUGAAUAUGCAUGAGAUGUCAAUAACACACCAGGCUGCAACAAGCAGAAUUUUACUUGAUCAUCCAGAUUUUAUGGCCAGACUUGAAGGACCAGACAUUGGUGAUGUGACAGGUGCUGUUAAAGAUAUGGAAGUUCCAGUAGAAUCACAAACACCCUUCCUUCCUACUGUGGUGCCAGCAGUUGUCUUUCAAAACCGACGCAAAACAACACAAUUUUUAAAUGAAGUUAUUGACGAGCGGCCUGAGAGUGAAGAACGAGAUGCGAUGCAGACUCAGACCAUGCCCUCCAGCAGAGGGAGUAGUAGUAGAAGUUCAAUUAGCUCUAGGGAAUCGUAUCAUGUAACAGAAACAGACAGGGAGAAGAGUAUAUCCAAGGAAUCUAGACGGCAAGAAAUUGAGUCUCCAUUGCCACUCACGCUGGAGAGCAUUCGCCGCAAAUGUGAGAUAAAGGAAGCAAAAUGUCUGAGUACAUUAUGGACAAACUAUGCUCGAGAAUUACCAGCAAUAACUUGAAAUCAAAUGAUGAAAAAUGAAUCUGAAUACAACCAUUAUGCUACUGACAAAACUUUCAUUGAGCUACGACAUGGCAGUUAAGAUGCCCACCUUCAAAUCCCAAAGUACUGGGUUCAAAUCCUGUCAAAAUCAUUUUUUCAAAUUGGGAAUACAGACAUUGUCAUUUCCGAAAACCUCAUAAAGCAAGAUUAAUUGAUCUAAUUGGUUUUUUCUUAUUUUUAUAUGUGGCAAAGACAAGCCAAACCAGUCAUUCUUCACAAAUUCUAUCUCAGAUGACCAAAACAUGCUAGAAUGUAAAAAUUUUUAAAAAUCUAUUUUAUUGCACUAAACUAAACUUUAUAAAUCUAUACAUCAAGCUGUGCUGUUAUUUUCUUCCUUUUCAAUGUUUAAAACAUCAAUUUUUAACAAUUUGGUGAUGGUUUCUGCCUGAGAAAUGGCCAAAACUGUAAACUUUGAAGGCUGAUUUCUCAAACUUUGUUCUUUAAACACCUGUAUGUUUCAACACUUGUAACUUCGUAAGGAAAUGUCAGACUUUAAUGAUUCUUUGGCCAUUUUAUAGCUCUCAUUCUACUGUUUAACCAUGUAGUAAUAACUAACUUUGUGACCAGUGACUGGUUUGGCUUGUCUUUGCCACAUAUAUUCUCCUGAUGACGAUUGUUAAAAACGUCAACACAUUCUAAGCAAAACAACAUUUCCUUUCAGAACUAUCUAUGUGGUGUACCGCAAGCAUUUAACACAUUAUUGUUAUUAAUAAUUAUUAAUUUAAAAAAACUAUGAUACAAUCUGUAUUCUUUUCUGGUUUAACGAUUAUCCACUCAUUAAGAGAUUUUCAUAUGCAUGACACAAAUGCUCUGUAUCAUUAGGAAAUGUGCUAUAUAAAUGACCAUUAUUAUUAUUGUCAGUUUAUAUAGAGCAUGAGGCAUAUAUCAUGUGAGUGUCUUAUCACUCUUAGAUUAUAAUGAAUUCAACUAAACAAAUAACGUUGAAUUAUUAAGAUGAUUUUUACUGACUAUGUUUAUAUAUCUUCGUAUAAUUAUUUUGUUUUCUUCUGUAUAUAUAUAUAUAUGUAUAUAUUCAUUUUUUAAUAUAGAAAAACAAAAUAUACUUCAA